CGGCUGAGCCUCCAGCCCGGAGCGCACGCAUGUUCAGUGGACACGAAUGGUGUGAAGCCCCAGAUGAGGGACGCAGACGUCCGGGAAUGACAGCCGCUGUCACCGGGAGUGACAGCUUUCACUCAGAGCUACUCCGCUAAAACACCCCUCCAGCUGACAUCUAACACUGAUCCGGAUCGGAUCUAGCCAGACCAGGACUAUGCCAGAGAUGGAGAAAGGGAGACCACCGGAAAAUAAACGCAGCAGGAAACCUGCGCACCCCGUGAAGAGGGAGAUCAACCAGGAGAUGAAGACGUUUGCAGAAAGCACCAUGAAUGAGCUGCUGGGAUGGUACGGCUACGACAAGGUGGACCUCCGAGAGUCAGAGGCCAAUGAGAUCAGAAACUACAGAGAGAGGCGUCAGCAUGUGUCUGUGCUAAAAGAGAACUCAUUGCCAAAACCCAAGAGCCUGGACGCCAAAGUUGGUCACUCCGUCCUCGCCAUGAAGAGUGGAGAGCGAGAGUCCUCCAGUGUCCCCUCCUCUUCACCCUCCUCUUCCUCAACAACUUCAUCCCUGACCACUCCCAAGGAGCACAAGAGUGCCCCUGUCAUUGUCCCCCUCAUAAAGCCAUCAGCAGUGGAAGAUGUACAGAAUGUGCAGAUAGUGUGUGUCUGGUGCCAGAAGGAAGGGGUAAAACGCUACUCUCUGUGUAUGGGUUCAGAGCUCAAAAGCUUCUGCAGUGAGAAGUGUUUUGCCGCCUGCAGACGGGCCUACUUCAAACGCAAUAAGGCCAGAGAUGAAGACCUCCACGGAGAGAGAUCCCCUCAGCAUCCUCACACAGAGGACUCGCCCAGACUGGUGUUGAAGAUAAACAGCAAUGUCAGAUCUCUCUCUCCUGUGCCACAGGUAUGCGAUUGGUGCAAGCAUGUCCGUCACACUAAAGAAUACCUGGACUUUGGAUCUGGCGAGGAACGUCUCCAGUUCUGCAGCACCAAGUGUCUAAAUCAGUACAAGAUGGAUGUUUUCUAUCGAGAAGCCCGUGCAGCUCUCACCAGCUCCAGCCCGAGCAGAUCCAGCCAGGAGGGUAGGGCAGACGCCAUUGUAGCCGGGCAAAAGUUACUCACUCCUGAGUCUUGGAGUAGCAGCAGCAGUGCAGGCGAAGCUCGCCAUAGAAACCUUUCCCCUAAAGGGCCCACGUCAAUGCAUGGAUCAGCAGAAUCCACCUCUGUGUCCCCCUCAGAGGCAUCCUCAUCUAACUCAAAGGUCCCUGUCUCUGGGCUGAGGACCCUGGAGAGACCCAUCCAGCCUCCUCCCCCUCCUGUGGAGGUGUCACCCCACCCUGCUCCCAUUCAUCCUCCGCCCCGUCCCCCUCUGGAACAUCAGCCGGUACCUCAAAUCCCCAUGCCCUUCAUCAGACCUCCUCUUCAUGCUCAGGGCCUGAAAAGCCCCCUUGCCAACCCUCCCAGACACCCAGGCCCCCCUUCAAGCCCUAUCCACAGACCUCCUCACUCACCUCACCUGCAGCCCCCGACUUCCUCCAUGAAUCCCCCUGGACUGAUACAUCCCUUCCCAGGGGCCUACUUCCCUGGCUUGCACUCACCUCCUAUAAACAUGAUGCCAAGAGGUCCAGUCCCAAUGCCUCCCAUAAUGAACUAUGGUAUCCCUUCCUUUAGCCCUCUUCUGCCCCAACCCACUGUCCUGGUGCCUUAUCCCAUUAUUGUCCCCCUACCUGUCCCCAUACCCAUUCCUAUCCCCAUUCCAGUCCCGUCCAAGGCAACCCUAGAAACUCCAAGUCACAGUGGUGUUAUCCAGCCUGUGCCAGAAGGUGUAGACAGGGGUAGAUCCAGGGCUACCAGGCCGUCAUCUCCAGGGAUCCCUGAAGGUGACAGCAGAUUGGUCGCCAACAAAUUGGUUGGAACCUUGACUCAAGGUCUUUCCUCCCCAAACACAGAUUGGGUCAAAUCAGAGAGGCCAUUCCCGUCCCCAUCAUCCACACCACAGAGUGGAGCAUCCUCCCCCAGAGCACAGUAUAAUGAGUCCCCCUGCUCAGCCUCAGGGUCAGAGGGGCUGACAGACUAUAAGCAGCAGCAGUCAGAGCGACAAGUCAUUCAAAGGGUUCUUCAAAGGACCCAAGUGAAGCCCAGUGCCAAUGGAGCAAUGGACCUAUCAGGGCUGGGAGAGUCAGGGACUGGGCAGGGUACCAGAUCAGGGCUCCACGACAUCAUCAGACCUCCUCUACCAAAGUCCCCUUCACAUGACACUGUCUACCACCACCAGGACUCCCACACGCCACCUUCACACACCCCACCCAGCCCUGCAGGGAGCACCCCUCCAUAUGAUUCUACGUCCUCCACCCUGAAAUCUCAGCACCACAGUCCAAACGGGAUGUCCUCCUCAUCUGCACCCGUCAGCCCGGACUCCUCCCUACCCCAGAGAGUACCAGCACCACCCACUGAUCCUGCGCUCAGUGAGCUCGAGGCCAUCAAAGAGAACAAGUGUUCUGUCAUUGGCCCAGUGCAGGUCGAGGGCCCAGACGGUCAGACAGAAGAGCCUUUAGCAGUAGUUGGGGAGGUAGGAGAGGACCCCCAUGUUCCUGAUGAGGACCAUGCCUAUGCCCUGCCCACAGCGCCAAAGACAGGUGGGACCACCAUCCCGCUGCUCUUGCCCAAACUCAGGGACAAGGGUAGCCUGCGGAGCCCUGCUAAUAUGCCCAGUGCUGGAGAUAUGGAGCCCGCUCUGAAGAGGAGAUGCCUACGAAUCCGUGAUCAGAAUAAGUAGAGGAUGGAGACUCCCUGUUUAACACUGUAUGGCGGUGCCAGAUUCAGUGCCACGCCCUCCUGUGGACGACGCCAGUGCUAACACCCUCCAGCCUGUCCCUCAGCCUGUCAGCCCACCAGUGUGUUGCUCUGCCUGUAGACCAGCAGGGUGCCAACCCAGGAAGCAGUCCAGAUGGCCAUAUUAUCACAAGUCAACGUGAGGGGGAAGAACACAGCACAGUCACACAUUUUGUCUUGGACCAAAGAGCAUUGCUGUCUAGUGUUUUAUGUUGUGAGCGCUUGAUAUGGAGCAUCUGAGAUCUUCUCCCCAUUUGCCCUAAAGUGCAUCUGUGUGUGUGUCAGUGCCCAGAUGCGCUCCUCCUCCUCCUCCUCCUCCUCCUCCUCCUCUCGUUGCUCCACACAGCAGACAGGGCUCUGAUCAGCCUUGUGUGGUCUUCUCAGAUGGAGCCUGAACAUGAUCUCUUUCCAGGGGAAACGGUUUGUUUUCCCUGCCCGGCUUGCACAAAGAGCCACAUUGUUCCUCUCCCCAUAUCCCACGCUGACUCCCCACUCCAGGUUUUGGGUUACCUGGCCGACGGGGGCUCAGACUUCAGGAGCUUUUUUAUUUUUUUGACCGACAGCCAGGAAUAUAGUAUACUCUUCUCCCCUCCACCUCAACGCCCAAUCUAAAUACGGUAACACACGAGUGCUGAGGUUUGAUCCCUCACAACUGAUUGCCUGUGAUUCCCUAUACUGCUCACUUCCUUUAAUGGAGGAGAAAAAUUCUGCUGAGAUUAAGACUUUAUCACGGGGCAGGUCAUACACUGUGUGGACAGAGUCUGUCUGGGCUGCUAAGACAAAUGACUGAGCGGUAAAAUAAUCUCAGAGGAGAAAGGAUGCUCCCUCUGCCUCCUCUAAAACAGAGUACAUACAAUAUAUGACAGGACACUUACUGAUAUGCAGUAGCUGAGAUGGUUUGUGAACAUCCUGAUGAUGCUGGUCCCUCACCUUUCACCUGAUCUGCCAAAGCUUUCAUAGCAAAUCAGAAUCAUUUUUAGCACCAAGUGCCAUGCGUGCAUGCUCGAACACUCUGAACAUUCACAGCAUGACAUUUUAAAGGAAUAGUGCAAAUUAUUUAAAAUGGGGUUGUAUGAGGUGCUUAUCUGUUGUCAGUA